AUGGCAGUUUAUUCUGAAAAUAAUAAUGGUAUUUUAUAUCGAAAAAGACUUAAAAAACAUGCUGCUAGUGUCUGUAAAGUGAAAAGCAUAAAAAAACUACUCCCAAUUACCGAAUGGCUACCGAGAUACAACCUUUCGUUUCUUAUUCAAGAUAUAAUAGCUGGAAUAACCGUUGGACUCACAGCGAUACCUCAAGGUAUAGCAUACGCUGUCGUCGCUGGACUCUCGCCGGAAUAUGGUCUUUAUGCAUCACUAACAUCUGGAUUCGUCUACAUAGUAUUCGGAAGCUGUAAAUAUGUAACCGUUGGACCAACAGCAAUAGUUUCAACUAUGGUUGCAAAGUACGUACUAGGUUACUCGCCGGAUUUUGCAAUAUUAGCGGCAUUCCUGUCUGGUGUACUUAUAUUACUGAUGGGUGUUUUCAAUCUCGGUUUUCUAGUGGAUUUUAUAUCAUUACCAGUUAUAAAAGGUUUUACUAUAGCUGCAGCGCUUCAAAUUGCUGCGUCACAACUGAAGUCUUUCUUUGCUCUUGCUGGUCCAUCGGGAAAUUAUUUUGCAGAAUCUGUAUAUUAUUUUGCUAUAAACAUUAAAACUGCAAGGCUCUGGGAUCCCAUACUUGCUACGAUUACAAUCAUCAUGCUCAUACUAUUGCAGAAACUUGGUUUAGGUUGCAAGCGUACUGAUGACUUAUUGAAACAAAUAAGAUGGUUUAUUUCACUUGCUCGAAAUGCUGUGGUUGUUGUUAUUGGAAUGAUUGUCGCUUACAUUAUAAAAGUAACUUUAGAUGAUGAGCCUUUAGCUUUGGUUGGAAAUAUUGAUAAAGGUUUGCCGAAAAUUCAACCACCACCUUUUAAUACAGUUGUUGGCAAUGAAACUUAUUUAUUUUCGGAUAUGCUGGAAGUAUUGGGUCCACAAUCAAUAGUUUUGCCUUUGGUAGUAAUUUUGGAAUCAGUGGCUAUAUCUAAAGCUUUUGCUGAAGGAGGUAAAGUUGAUGCUACACAAGAAAUGAUUGCUCUUGGUCUAUGUAAUAUUGUGGGAUCGUUCGCAGGAAGUAUGCCAAUAACAGGUUCGUUUACCCGAACAGCUUUAAAUUAUGCAUCUGGAGUUCAAACGCAAGCUGGUGGUGUCACUAAAUGUCUUCUUAUAAUUGUGUCACUUACAUUCUUGACGUCCACUUUUUAUUAUAUACCGAACGCAUCGUUGGCUGGUUUGAUAAUAGUAGCCAUGUUCUCAAUGAUCGAGUAUGAAAUAAUUCUUCAACUUUGGAAAGUCAGCAAAAGAGAGUUCUUUCUAUUGACAAUUACCAUAAUUGUUUGCUUGUGUACGGGUUUAGAAUACGGUAUAGUUGCUGGUAUUGUACUCGAAGCUUUAAUAUUAUUAUUUUACCAGUCACGCCCAACAAUACAAGUGAACACGUUAAAAAGUGAUGCAGGAGAGAUAACUGUUAUUACCCUACCAGAUGCUGUACCAUAUUGUGCCGCUGAGCAUCUUAGAAGAUUACUUCUGAAGGUUUCUAUGAAAUUAGAUGCUAAUUAUGUAACAGUUAUCGAUGGAACCAAUUUAAAAAGUAUGGACACUACUGUAGCUGCGAAUUUACUGUCAGUAAUUGAAGAUUAUGUGCGGCGGUUGCGUCCUAUUUGGCUUUUAAAUUUUAAUAGUGAGGUGAAAAAUAUGUGUCUUGUUGUUAAUAAAAAUAUCUCUGAUAAAUUUAUAAGUGCUCCAAAUGUUCUAGAUUUUGCUAUAUCAUUUCGUAAAGAAGUAUGA